AUGGACUCCAUCAAGGUUAAGCAUAGCGUUCAAACUAACCUGCCUGGGUCUCUACAGGCAUGGAGAGAUAUAGAUCCACUGCGCAAUUCACGAUGGGCAGAACCGUGGAAGGUCUUGCGACGUUUCUUUACAACAGCAGGUUACGAACUCUAUCGUGCAAAAGAGCACCCUGGCGAGUACAUAGUUCCCAUGACAUCGACAGCGCCUGCUUCAGAAUCCUUCGGCCUAUAUGGAGACAGGAGCAAGUUCGCCAGCUGUUUUCCUCCAUUCGCGCAGUUGUUUGCUGCUCGAGACAGGAUGAAUCGGGAUGUUGUCAUAAAAGUGAUUUCAAAAGGAGAAGAAGGGGCCAAUGAGCGACGAAUACUGGAAAUACUUAACUCAGAGCCUCUGCGAUCAGAUCCGGCUAACGCAACGAUCCCAGUCCUAGACUUCCUUGAAUACGAGGACUAUUGCUUCGCCGUCAUGCCCUGCUGUGAUAGUUCUAGUUCGUACCCCUUUCUCUACGCGUCGGAAUGUCUCGAUUUUGCGGAGCAGUUACUAGAGGCCCUCUGCUUUUUACACAAACACCGUAUAGCGCACUUGGAUAUAUCCUUCGAGAAUAUCGUGGUGAAUCACCACGGAGAGAUGCCAGAGCAGUACAAAUAUGACCAAAAUUGUAGAAGUUUGAAGAUAUGGCCUCCCUCAGAAUGGAGAUCGACGUUUCCCGUGCGGUAUUGUCUGUUGGAUUUCGGUAUCUCUGUUCAUUUCCCGGAGGAUCUACCUCUGUCUCGAUGUACUACACUCCCUUUUCCUCAGGGACGGGAGCAUAGAGCCCCUGAAACCCUCGGCAAGGCGGCGUUCAACCCGUUUGCAGCCGACGUAUAUCAAAUGGCACGUCUCCUGUAUGCUUGGUUUACGGACUUGGCAAAUGACGUGCCAGAUCUUCUCAAGCUAUUGCAAGACAUGUCGUAUUACAAUCCGUCUGGUCGGAUUACCGCCAGUACGGCUCUAUCGCGUCUGCGUACCUUGCGUACCACCAUCACAGAAGAAAAGCUGACAGAGCUUCGUGAACGAGACAUUCUCCACUUCUUAAUCAUUCCGAGGAGUAACUUCAGGCUUUUGCGUGAAAUUCUGGAAGCCGGCAAUUGGAGUUUGGCAGGUCAAUACACGUGGUGGUUGUUGAAGUCCUGGUUUUACAGAAUGUCGGGAAAGGAAAAGAUUGACUAA